AUGUCGGGGGAGGCUGGGGAGGGCGGCACAGGGGGCGGCGGAGCAGAGGUUAUGGAUUUCCACAACCGCGUCAAGAGAUUCCAACAGAAAGAUCAGCAGUUUAAUCAGCAGCAGCACUUCACACUCCCAUUCAUCCAGCAAUCUGAGUGAAGUCAAGUCAUCGAGUAACCUGAGUGAACUGAAGUCAUCGGCAUCGUCCAUUAACAAGUCUAAUCUCUCGGAGCUGAAGUCAUCGAUGUCCGAAGUCAAGUCGAAUAUUAGUGAGAUGACGUCGCAAAGCAACAGCGUCAACUACAACCGAUCCAUGUCCCUGGCGAGCAACGCCUCCUCCUUGCAACAGAGCUCCUCGGCCGCGGCCCUGCAGGCUGGCACCGGCUUCAACAAACUGAAGGCUUCCGGCUUCAACAUGGGCUCCAUGGACGCCCUCGACGCCCUGCAGAUGGGGUCGACGGAGCAGCUGGCCCUCCCCGAUGUCGAGAGUGAGUUCGACCUCCAGAACGCGCUCUCGGCCCAGCAGGACUCGGCCGCCAACGGCAACCCCAAGGAAUUGAAGUUCGAGCAGAAGAAGGUUACCUCGUCCUCGAAGCGGAAGGUUGUGACAGACAAGAACAGCUUCGAGUCCGCCUCAGGCCAGACGUCGGAGUCAUGCAAGUUGCAAGCCGGCGACGUAUCUUACGAGGAGUCGUCGAAGAAGGCCGCCACCAAAGCCAAGCUCGAGGUUGAUGGCGUCACUGCAGAGAAGGCCGCAGCCAUUCAGCAGGAGGCGCGGCAGCUCCGGGCGGGUGACGUGACCCACCGUGAGGGCUCCCAGGUCAAGGGGGCGACCAUGCGGGUUGCAGGCGAGGGCUUCUCCGCGCACAAGUCAGCUGUCAGUGAACAGCAGCAGCGUCAGACCAAGACGCCAGCGGGAACCAUCAACCAGGAGUCGUCCCGGCAGGCAGCCACGUCAGGUAUCACCAUCAAGACCAAGGGCGUGUGCACCAAGCAGACCUCGUCUAUGACUGCAUCUCAGAGCAAUGUCAGUAUAACCGGAUUUGAAGACUUGGACCUCCUAAAUGAUGCCUCACAGCCAGUCGACAUCCAGAAUGCCAUCAUGCGUUAUUCUGGAGUCAUGUCAAACUUCGUCGAGCAGCUGAAAACUAUGACCUUUAGUGAGGGCUUCAAGGAUGCUCCUUCCCUUCUGGACAACAUAGAUGAAAUGAUCCGGAAGGCUUGGUCAGUUCCUACACAUGGCCAUGAGUUGGGAUUCUCCCUCUGUAAUGUCCUCAGAAAUAAUGGCGGCAUUGAUGUGCUGCUCAAAAACUGCACUUCUGAUGACUCUGACCUGAAGUUCUCCAGUGCCAAGGUCCUUGAGCAGUGCCUCACCACAGAAAACAGAGGCUAUGUCGUUGAAAAUGGCCUGGAGGACGUCGUCAAUGUCGCCUGCGACUGCACAAAGAACGGGACCUCCGUAGACAAGUCACGUGUUGGGACAGGCAUCUUGGAACACCUGUUCAAGCACAGUGAGGGAACCUGCUCAGAAAUCAUCAAUUUGGGUGGUCUCGAUGCAGUGCUGUCAGAAUGCAGGAAGUCUGAUGUGGAAACCUUACGUCACUGUGCCGGGGCCUUGGCCAACCUGUCCCUCUAUGGUGGCUCAGACAACCAACAGCAGAUGAUACGCCGUAAUGUCCCCAUGUGGCUAUUCCCCUUGGCUUUCCACACAGAUGACAACAUCAAGUACUAUGCCUGCCUUGCCAUAGCUACUCUGGUUGCUAACAAGGAACUAGAAGCAGCUGUGUUACAGUCAGGGACUCUUGACCUUGUAGAACCUUUUGUGAUGAACCAGAUGCCAGACCAAUUUGCCAACUCGACUGUUGCUCACCGCCACGGACAGAGCUCAAAUUGGUUAAAGAGGCUUGUUCCAGUUCUCAGUAGUAAGAGGGAGGAAGCGAGGAACCUUGCUGCUUUCCACUUCUGUAUGGAAGCUGGUAUCAAGAAGCGACAGGGCAAUCUCGAACUCUUUAGAGAAAUAGGUGCCAUUGAGCCACUCAAGGAAGUAGCCAGUUCUCCCAAUGCUAUUGCCAGUAAAUAUGCUGUGAAAGCCCUCAAACUAAUAGGGGAGGAAGUACCACACAUCCUUAGCCAACAGGUGCCACUGUGGACACCAGAAGACGUACAAAAUUGGGUCAAAAGAAUUGGUUUCUCUGAGUUUGCCGAUGACUUUGUUGCUUCUCGAGUAGAUGGUGAUCUCCUUUUGCAAAUGACAGAACAGAACUUGUGCGAAGACAUUGGUAUGAAAAACGGCAUUCUCAGACAAAGAUUUCUGCGUGAGCUUAAAAAGUUAAAGCUGAUGGCAGAUUUCUCUUCCUGUGACUCCACAAAGCUCAAUGAAUUUAUGUUACAAGUGGAUCCCGACUUUGCAGUUUAUACCUACAGUAUGCUGAAUGCUGGUGUUACUCGUGAUUGCUUAAGAUAUCUCACAGAGGAGCAGCUAAUUUCAGAGUGUCGCAUCUAUAACUCAAUUCAUCGGCAAAAAGUUAGAGAAAAAAUUAGAGAAUAUUAUGCCGUUGGUCAGAUUUCUAAUGGUGAUCCCGUAGACAAGAAUCUAGAUGUUUUUAUCAGCUAUCGACGUUCCAAUGGCUCACAGCUAGCAAGCUUAUUAAAGGUCCACAUGCAGCUCAAAGAAUUCUCAGUAUUUAUUGAUGUGGAGAGAUUAGAAGCAGGAAAAUUCGACAAUAAUUUGUUAAACUCCAUUCGGCAAGCAAAGAACUUUUUACUAGUUUUAACACCCAAUGCCCUGGACAGAUGUAUAGGGGAUACAGAAUGCAAAGAUUGGGUUCACAGGGAAAUCGUUGCAGCUCUCCAGUCUGGGUGUAAUAUUAUUCCUAUCCUCGACAACUUCCAGUGGCCUGACCCAGAAGAACUCCCAGAAGAUAUGCGUGCUGUGUGUUACUUCAAUGGUGUUAGAUGGAUCCACGACUACCAGGAUGCCUGUGUGGACAAGAUCGAGAGGUUCAUCAGAGGCGAGUGCAACAUGCCCGGAGAUGGCCCACUAGCACGUUAUGUUAGUGGCAGCGCACUAGGAGGCAUGGCCACACCAGGAACGCCAUCGACUCUUCCAAGAGCUCCACCUCCAUACCAGCGCACCACAAGCACAGAAAGCGGGAAGGGCUCCUCGUGUUCUGACAAAGACUUUGCCAAGGACUGACGGGGCGACCCUGCACUGGUUAAACAUAGAAGAUUAUUAACCACAAGUAGCCCACGAUCUGCCUCACCUCUAAGGCUUUGCGGUAGAGCAGCCAGUCCUGUCCCACGGCUCCCCGUUCGUGGCUCAGCCAGUAGGGGACUUGGGGCCGGCUCUCCCCUCCUCCCACGCCCAAUGCGCCGAUCACUUCCGCCUUCACGCUCUCUUAGUCUCGACACAGGCUUAGAUUCUAACACCGUAGCUGCACGUGAUUCAGAAACCGCAACUGAUGUCGUAUCUUCCUGUGAACAAUACCUAAGUGGGGAGCUGCGACCCCCAAGGCGGAGACUAAGCAGCAUCCCAUGCGAGAGCAGCCCUAUAGCGGAAGAGGAGAGCGGGAUAGAAGAAGAAUGCAGCCGACUGUCUGCCAUGGAGAGCGAGUUGGGAGGGAGCAAGGAGGACACCUCCAACCUCACCAUUUCCUCCAGGUCGACGGCUUCUUCCAGGCGAUCGUCUAUUGCCUCGACGGAUGAAGCAGGCAGAAAGGCCUCCUUCGUAAACAAGUGCAUGACGCGCGUCAGAGGCUUCAUCAAGAAGUAACAAGAGUAAUGCGGUGCCUCUUCGGAGGAUGGUGCUUGUGGUGGUAAUGUUCUGUGAGGUCGUAGUGCUGUUAUGCCUCACGAUGCGAGAGGACGCAUGUUGACCAGUGCAGGGAGUUCAAUUAUCCUGUUCAGUUGGGUGUUGUGGCCGUCAAACUGAAAAUUGAGUCAGGCCGUGCACUCAACUCAGGAAAACUUCAGGUCUUUUUAACCAUUUCUCAGAAGUGACCCUCAACUAAUAUUAUGCCAAAUUCAAUAAACUUGUGACAUAGAAUGAGGUAAGAUAAUAAGUUGUGUCAAAACUGAAAUGAAAAAAAGAAGAAAAAAAAAUUGAUAUACUCUCUAGUUACCUACAAAAUUAAUCCUGCCAUACCAAUUUCUGAAGAAAAGUAGCAACUGAUGAAAAAAAAAAAAAACAGCCAUUCAAGGAUACUGAAUAAUACAAUGUAAAGCAUUUAGAGAUUCUUUGUUUUCCUAGUUUGUUAAAUAAUGUUUUACACCUGCACAUCUUUCCUUUCAACUGUCAACAUCUGUUUUCUAUUCACUGUUACAGCAGAGCCUUGCAAAUGUUCAUAUCACACUUUUAUACCAUGCAGCAAGUAAGGGCAACUUUGAGAAUUUUUAUUACAUGUGAGAGUUCGACAAAUCUUUAGGGACGAAUUUGAAGACAUGGACUAGGAGGAGAAGAAAGGUAUAUUAUAAAAUUGUUUUAUAGAAAUAUAAAUAUAUAUAUAUGCAACUUUUUAAUUUAUAUUUAUUAACUCUUUGACACGUGUAUGAAUUUUGAAAACCUACUAGAGCAGCAACAGGGCAUCUAUCUACCCUCCUCUACAAAUAAUUUUAAAACCAUAGAUUUUGUAUACAUGGUAAUAUUUCAUAAGAUAAACCAGAGUAUAAAAACAGAAU